AUGCAAAGUGGUCUACAGAAGGUGCUACGUGUAUGGACACCUAGGGAAGGGGCAUGGAGGAACGUUUUAGGAAAGUUAUUCACAAGGAGGAACUUCUCCUGUUUGGAGAAGGGGUAUGGAAAGGAGGGUGCGGACUUGAUAGGCCAAGCGUCCAGUGGUUCCUUUCGCAUGGAGAAAAAACAUCUAACAAGGUAUUGGGCAGAAAGCACGAAGAAGAAAAUACAGGAUUCGAAGAUUAAUGAAUGGAGAGAACAGUUCCCAAUCCUAAACGAAUACGAUGACAAAGACUUGGCUAUCUGGAGAGAAGCCUUCAACAAAAUGGACAGAGACAACGACAAUUUCAUUUCACAUGCAGAUUUGCAAAAGAGUGAUUGGAGUCUGGAAAAAUAUAAUUUAUUUCAAAACUACGAUAUGGAUCAGAAUAACCUCAUUGACUUUGGGGAAUUCAUACAAGCCGUCAUCGAUAUUGAUACUCAGCACUUUAAAAAUUUUUUCCAGGGUUUUAGUAAAAUAGACAUCGAAUUGGAGUUCCAGAAAUAUGCCAUCACCGAAAAGGAAGAGAACAAACAGGUCAUCCCCCUGACGAAGCUCAUGCAAAUGCUCAAAGACAAGGAGUUCACAUGCGUCACACACACAGACUCACAGAAGCUAUUCGACGCGAUGGAUUUUAACAAAGACGGCGCUAUCGACUUGGAAGAUUUUCUGGCGUGGCUCGGGAAGAAAUAA